GUAACGUUUACGUACCUUUGAAGAUGGUUAUAGUGCUGAAUGAUUUAGCUGUUUGAUCGUGUAUUAACAUAGAUUAAAAGUGUUAACGUUUUUAUUUUGCAGGCAGCCAUUUAUCGAAUUAUUAGUCAUGUCAUUUGAUCCUUGGUCAGACAAGAAAUUACCUGACGUGGUUGCAACUGAGAGGAGUGGUUGCUUUGAAGACAAUUUUUAUUGUCCUUUGCCUGAUUCAGACCAAUACCUUGCUCUUUUGGAAAGGAAGCUAGCCAAGCUUGGGAAAACUAAAUCAGGUGAAAACAGACAACUACUAGAAAGCUUAGAGGAAAGAAAGACUGAUACAGUUGUUCGAUUACUGACUGAGAGUGAUCAAUCACUUCCUGAGUACUUUUCUGAUGAAGAUAUUCCAACCAAGUGGUUGCGAAGCUAUCUGAAUCCUGAACAACCCCUCACUGUUGGAGAGCUCUUAAGCCUUGUGAAAGAAGACUAUUUGGCCAAAUCAUCUGAGGAUUCCGAAACCAAAGAAGUAGAAAAUGACUGAGAUUUGGGGAAAGAAGACAUUUUGCCUGGUAACUGGUGGGAGCCAAGGAAUUGGCAGGGAGAUUGCUAAACAGUUUGCUGAAAAAUUAUUACCAGGUUCAACCGUACUGUUAUCAGCUCGUUCAAUUGAGGGUCUUAAAGGAACAUCAGCCUUAAUCAAUCAAGUUGCUCCAGAAAUAAAUGUUGAGUUAUUUCCAUAUGAUAUGUCAAAGCCAAAAGAGGAAGAUUUUUCCAAUGUUCUAAAAAAGGUUUCACCAAAUGAUUUUGAUGUGUUGCUAUUGGUACAUAAUGCAGCUAGUGAAGGCACUGGUUGUCCAAUAAGAGAAUGUUCUGAUCCUGAACAAUGGAGCACGUAUAUGACUAUUAAUCUUCAUUCAAUGGCCACUUUGACUUCAUCGUUCUUGAAAGCUUUCAAACAGGAUGACAAGAUCGUUAUUGUUAAUAUUACCUCUCUGGCAGCAAUCCAGGUGAUAGCUGGGUUGGGACAGUACGGAGUGGGUAAAGCUGCCAGGGAAAUGUAUUUGAAGGUCUUGUCAACUGAGUCUCCCUCCCUUAGGAUUCUUAGCUACUCUCCAGGUCCUGUAGAUACUUCCAUGGUGGAGAGACUAAUUGAAAAUGUAUCAAACAAUGAGACUAAAUCAAGUUUUGUUAAAAUGAGAGACGAAGUAAAGUUGUUGAAGCCUCAUGAGACAGUUAAGAAAUUAGUUGAUUUGAUUUCCGCAGGCUUAUCACCUUACUCAAGGGUAGACUAUUAUGACUGAUUUUAUAUUGAAGAAGAGGGAAUUGAUGUUAAAUAUUUUUUCAUUUUCCCUGAUUUAUUGGAAUUAAGAAUGUUUAUUUACCCAUAUGCUUAAAGCAGUAAGAUUUUUUUUUUGUAAAUUAUGUGAUCAUUAUCUUGUCUAAAAUAUUGAUAUCUAAUAUCUUUAUUAUUUUGUACGAACUAUGUUUGAAUUAAUACUAUCAAUAUAUAUGCUUCCUCCUAUAGGUUUUUUUUUUUUAAAAUCACAUGUAGUAUUCCAAUGUUAUUAUGUAUUAAAUAUAUUUAUGAAUAAAUAUUAUUGAUACUU